AUGUUCCAGAUCCGCGUGGAGGCCGCCGACAUGGCUGAGGAGGAGGAGGCCAAGGAGGAGGAGACGCUCGAGGACGUGCAGGAGAUGCAGGGCGCGCCCUUCCUGGCCGGCAACCCGCAGGUGCGCGUGACCACGGGCAAGCUGCGCUUCUACCGGGCCGACAAGUCCUACUCGGCCUCCGCCUCCGCCGGCGGCAGCCAGCAGCUGCCCAGCGAGCGUAGCACGCUCGUGUGCGUGGUGACGGUGCCGUCGCACAUGUCGCCCGUGGAGAUCCUCGAGUUCCUGGCCAGCUUCCGCGAGGACAUUGCGCUCGUGCGCAUCCUCAAGGACCCGGAGCGCAGCAACUGCAUGGUGCUCAUGCAGUUCAACUCGCAGGAGCGAGCUGACCAAUUCUUCCAGGACCAUAAUGGCAAGUACUUCAACUCAAUCGAGCAGGAGCGCUGUAAGAUCGUGUUCGUGCGCAGCGUCGAGUUCGACCCGGUGGUGAGUGAGGACCAUCCCGACAGUGACGCGCUGGAGGAGAAGCAUGCAGAUGAGGAAGAAGACGUCGCUGCGGCGCCGCUGAGUCCGCGGUCUGAGAGAAGAGCGAGCAGUCCACAGAUGAGGAAGCUGUUCCCACCGCCACCCGCUGGCAUGACGGAGAUCCCGACGUGCGCAGUCUGUCUGGACAGGUUAGACGCGUCGGCGUCGGGUAUUCUCACGACGCUGUGCAACCAUUCCUUCCAUUGUGAUUGCCUGUUCCGGUGGGAGGGAUCGAGCUGCCCCGUGUGCCGGUACAGCCAUGGUGACAUUGGCUCCUCGUGUGAGGUGUGCGGCACGACGGAGCACCUUUGGAUUUGCUUGAUCUGUGGACACGUGGGCUGCGGACGCUACUCCGGAGAACAUGCCAAACAGCACUACCAGGAGACUCUGCACACGUACUCGCUGGAGCUGGAAACUCAGCGCGUGUGGGAUUACGCUGGCGACGGAUACGUGCACCGACUGAUUUUGAACAAGCAGGAUGGCAAGUUUGUUGAGUUUCCGAGUCCACACAGUUUGAGUGGCGAGCGCUCGCAAACCCCGCCUACUACCGCUGCCGAGGAAGAAGAGGGCGAGCACCGGAAACUCGAAAAGCUGGCGGUUGAGUACAAUUUUCUGCUGAAGAGUCAAUUAGAGGAGCAGCGUCUGUAUUACGAGCGGUUGCUUGCGCGCGUGGAAGAAGGCGAAAGCCGGCAGCUUUUGAACGCCCAUGAGCACGAGCGGAAGCAUCUGAAGAAGGCAAACGCCGCGUUAGCAGAGAAGGCCAAAAAGCUGGAGGAAGAGCUGACCUUCGUCAGAGAAUUGAACAAGUCCUUGCUCCAAAACCAGGCGCAGUGGAAGGAGCGCAUUCGGAUUCUGGAGGAGCAAAACACUCGCAUUGAACAGGAAACGGCGGUGCGCGUCGGUGAUUUGGAGGGCCAAGUUCGCGAUCUCAUGUUCUAUCUAGAUACCCAGAAUAAAGUCGAGCAGAGUGCACAUCGCGAGGACAUCAUGGGUGGCACGAUCGAGAUCGAAUCUAAGCCGGCCGCUAAAGAAAACUCUUCGACAACUUCGUCUACUAGACGGAAGGGCAAAGGCAAAAGGAGAUAG